AUGGCUUCUCCAAAAGUCAACGUACUAGUCACAGGUGCAAACGGCUAUAUUGGAAACGCAGUCGCCCACGCCUUCGUCCGCGCAGGCUACAGAACCUACGGCCUCGUCCGAGACCCCAACAUCUGCUCCUGCCUCGCCUCCUCAGAAAUCGUCCCCCUCCUCGGCUCCUCCAGCGAUACCUCUUUCUUGCCCUCUCUCAAAGCUCAAGGAAUCGUCUUCGGUAUCAUCGUGUCAACAACCUCUCCUGAUGCAGCUUCAGACUACGUCCCACACUACAACGACACCAUCUCCCUCUUCCGGACCCUGGCUACUGCUUCCAACGCUGCUAGAAUCAGACCACUAGUCCUCUUCACUUCAGGCUGUAAAGACUACGGCGCAGGCCCCCUCGCCAACACCCCGGGUCUGGAACCACAGACUGAACUCUCCCCCUUGAAUCCGCAGCCGAGUCUUGUGGAUCGCGCCAAUUGCUCCAUCAAGACAUUUGAGAAUAACGAUCUCUUUGAUACGGUGGUGACGAGGCCGACGCAUGCGGCGAAGAAGGUGGGUGAGUGGGUUGUGGAGGAGGAUGGGAUGACGAUUUUGCAUGCGUUGCAUGUGGAUGAUUGUGCGGAUGCUUAUGUGGCGCUUGCGGAAUGUGAGAGGGGGGUUGUGGCGGGACAGUGUUAUAAUAUCUCGUCCAGGAGGUUCGAGACUUUGGAUGAGAUCUUGAAUGCGUUGGUGAAGGAAUAUGGGAUCGAGGGUGGUGUGAGGUAUGUGAAGAGGGAGGGGCCGCCGGGGCCGAAGGCCAAGUUGUUGGGGUUCAGUCAGUGGGUUGGGAGUGAGAAGUUGAGGCGGGAUACGGGGUGGACGGAUAAGAGGUUGUUGUUCUCUGAGGGGGUGAAGCAGUAUCGGGUUGCGUACGAGGCGGCGGUUGAGAGAGGCGAUGAGAGGUUGGCGAAGUUGAUGAAGAAGGUUGCGGGAAGACAUCCUGGUCAGAAAUAG